GACUUUCUGCAGCUGCUCCCAUCGGGCAAGCGUCGAGGAGACGACUCUGGUCAUUCGCCACGGGACGCGUCGAGACGGACGCGACUCAAGCUCUCCUGCUCUCGCCACAGGCGCGUCUUCCACCCUCCCUCAGCGUCUCUUCCACAACACGUACAAUGGCCCGCGCAACUCGCUCAGCAGGCCAGGACACCGCCCCUGCGCCGCGCAAGGGCGGCUCCAAAAAGCGCAAGCGCAUCUCGAACGCCGACACUGGCGAACAACCUGCUACCAAGCAACAACGCACUUCGGAGAGUCAGGAGCCACCGGAGAUUCCGUCAGAGCAACCAGAUACCGACACACCAACCGACGCACUGGGGAGCGGUGAUGUUCCAUUGACUCUGCAGACGCGGAAAAGAUACUGCUCAAUCGACACCCAAGGUCUGCUCGACCGUGUGUUUCCGCUGCCAACUGAGUCCGCGGAACCAUCGUCAGGCGAAUCCACAUCCACUCCGACUCCCUCUACGUCUACGCAGACAUUCUCGUUCCGCACGCUACUCAAAGACUCCCCUCAAUAUCCCCUACGCGUUCUCCGGUCUGCGGUCCAACACCUGUUCCCAAUCUCUUCACAUCCACGAUCUCGCCCUUCAGAGCCUGCCGCACAGCAGCUGCGCUUCUGCAACCUCGCCCUUGCCCUCCUCGACCAGGCCUCCUUUCACUCAGUACCUUCGCCUCUCGAAGCGCAGAGUAUCUUCCCGACGCUCUUCCAACCUCCCUCCACUGAUGAAGAAGCCGCCGAAGAAGCGAAGCCAGCUCCUUCACCACCCCAGCAACCCGAAGACGAAAAUCUGCCCACUGGCCAUGCGGAACUCGCCGCUAUCCUUCCGUCGGCGUCAACCUCCUCGUCCAUUAUGGCGAAAACACUGGCGGACUAUGUCAGGCCGAGAACCACCGCCGCCACGCUCCAGAUGCCGGGGCUGCGACACGUCAGCUGCGGCAAAUUCCUUGACUAUGGGCCCUACGCGAGUUUUGCUCCGACCUUCGACCAGGAUGGGACGGAGGUCGGUAGGUAUGCCCUUGGUGAAGUUAUCUGGAGACAGCGCCAGGAGGCCACUAUGGAGUCCUUGCAAGCAGCGGAUGGCGAUGAAGUGGUGCUGGUGGGCGAGGAGCCGCAUAACGCCGGGAACGCGGAGGAGCUGGAUAAGGCUCUGCAGAGCCUGGUACCGGCUGAGGAAGUAGCGAGGAUCAAGGCUGCGCUCGGGAGUUUGGAGAUGGAACAAGCCGUGCAGGAGUUACUUGACAAGAACGCGAGAGCGUUGCUUAGGCUACAACGACUGCAGCGAUUGCGACUCGGAGCGGAGGGUGGCGGUUCGAGCAAGGUAGAGGAGGAGUCCGAGGAGUGGGACACAGCCUCGAACCCUCCACUCGUUCCACCUGCAUCUGUGCUGCGCACCUUACAACGCAGCCUGCCGCUCGAGGGCACAGAGGGUUGGGCGGCCACAGUUCCAACUACCACUCCCACUACAGUCAUUCCUGUGACUCCAGCUAAGCCCGCUGCUACCUCUACGGCUCCUUACACGCCGUAUAGCUACAACUAUCAAACGCCUCAAUACCGAGGGUCUUAUCAAUACACUCCUGGGCAGGUACAACACCAGGGCCAGUACUCUUACCCGUCGUACUACCAGUGCGACCCAGGACGGGUGACGCCCCAGCCUAGCGUCACGCCGACAACGAUGCCGACGAACUACGCGAGUUUCUUUGCGUCGUCUACCCAGGCACAGCAACCCCAGCGCGCCGUCGCCAACACAGUCACCGGACCAGCUGCAAAACCGUACCAACCGGGAACGUGGACCGGCGCACAAGGUGGUUCAGGUUUCAUCGCUCCGCUCCCUGCCCAUCUUCGCAGCGCGGCAGCCGGCGCAGGGGCAAGUCAGCCUGCGACUCCUGGUGCGUCCACACCGUACCCAUACUAUGGCAAUUACCAGUCCACGACGUCUGCGGCUCGAUGAUCGCAUUUUCUUUGUUUGCAAAAUUUUGAUAUGGUACGUUAGUAAUGGCAGCUAUGGACCUCGGGCCCAAUAAUCCUGGAGCUAUCAUUGUCGAAUGAUGAGGGUGUUGCACGUGUAAAAUGCAUUGGAAUCGGUCAAUGUCGUGCUAGCGUAGACGGGGCAUUGUAACCCAAUACAUUGUACAAGUAUCUCCGCAGCGGAGGGGAUCCGCGUAACGAAUCGCAGCAUCAAGAUUUGCAA